AUGUCUCUUGUUCCCGAACCACCCAAAGAGGUCGGCUCUGCCGUCCCAGCGCAUACACCUCAUGCUGUAUCCGUCAUGUUCCCCACUUGGCAAGACAAUGUCUAUUACGAAGAAGGCAAUCCCAUCGUCACAUCGAAAAUGGAAUGCGGCUACCCACGCUUCUUUAUUCAUCCUUACAUUCAAAAGCUAUGUGCCCGUAUUGUGACCAAGUUUGGAAAGCCCGGUGAUUCUGGCAUGCUAUUUCCUUCGCGUAAAGUAGCUGAAGGUUGUCGAGAGUUUAUGGCACGUUUCCAUCCUGAAUCAGUUGGUGCUGUACGCGUUGUUGAACUCAAGAUAGCCUCUGAACAAGGCCCGUUAUCCGUCUACGGCACCCUUUUCCCUGAAGAUGCAUUCAAGGCAGCGAAACAAUAUUGGCAACACACCGGCUGCAUCUUAUCGUCUCGUAUGGCUGAACAUUGCUUGAAUAUCAUGGAUGCCAACAAAUCAGCAGCUGCUACACCCAACAUCGAGCCACCAAUGACACCAGGAAAACGCUCUCGUUACAGCAAAUCAAACAAAGUGCAAAGCAACAACAACAAUGUGGAUGCUGCUGAAGAGGAUCAUGCAACCUAUGUGGAGGAGCGAUAUGGUCGUAAUUUACCCAUUGAAUUUGUGGAUCACGCCAAAGUAGCACUUCGUCGUCGUAUUGCUGGUAUCGUCUCGGAGCAUGAUAAGGAUACAAAGGUCCAGGAUUUUGAAAAGGCAACCUCAUCCGAAUUGGAGAGUCAGCGUUUGAUCCAAGGUGCUCGUGGCAUGAAGGGUCUAACCGAACAAGACGUCUAUCUCUAUCCAUGUGGUAUGAGCGCUAUUUAUUAUGCACAUCAAGCGGCAUUGUCGAUUUUGGGAAGUUCCCGAAAAAGUGUCUGUUUUGGUUUCCCUUAUACGGAUACGCUCAAGAUCCUUCAAAAGUUUGGUCCAGGAUGUUACUUUUUCGGCUUGGGUGAGGACAAGGACAUCGAUGAAUUGGAAGCCAAACUCAAAGGAGGUGAACGCAUCUUGGCACUCUUUUGUGAAGUACCCUCCAACCCCUUGCUCAAGACACCUGAUAUGAAACGGCUACGUCAAUUGGCUGAUGACUAUGAUUUUAUGAUGGUGGUGGAUGAAACCAUUGGGAACUUUUGCAACGUCAGUGUACUUCCUUAUGCGGAUAUGGUGGUGAGCAGCCUUACCAAAAUCUUCUCGGGCGACUGCAAUGUGAUGGGUGGCAGCAUGGUGCUUAAUCCCAACCGCAAGUAUUACACUGCCAUUAAGCAAUAUUUGAAUGCCGAAUAUGAGGACCUUGUCUGGUGCGAAGAUGCCCUGUUCUUGGAGCGUAACUCGAGAAACUUUGAGGAGCGGUCAAAGACCAUCAAUGAAAAUGCUGAAGCCUUAUGCGACUAUCUAUCCACACAUCCUCUAGUGCAUCAGCUGUGUUACCCAAAGUUUGUGUGCCGUGAGUACUACGAUGCUGUCAAGAACCCUGAGGGUGGAUACGGUGGAUUGUUUUCGAUGGUGUUGCAGAAUGAAGAACAAGCACGUACCUUUUACGAUAACCUGCAAUGUGCCAAGGGACCUUCACUCGGUACAAACUUUACACUUGUCAGCCCUUACACAAUCCUCGCCCAUUACACUGAACUCGAUUGGGCUGCACAAUAUGGUGUCUCAUCUUAUUUAAUUCGAGUCAGCGUUGGCCUGGAGAGCAAAGAAUCGCUACUCAAGUCUUUCAAGGAUGCACUUGAUGCUAUCAAGCAAUAG